AUGCCGCGAGGAGCAAAAAAAGAAAAAAUUAAAAAAGAUCCAAAUGCACCAAAAAAGCCAUUAUCAGCUUAUUUUCUCUUUUCGAGAGAUGAACGCCAGAAAAUCAAAAUUGAACGUCCAGAAUUAUCAACAACAGAAAUAAUGAAAGUUAUUGGUGAAAGAUGGUCAAAUUUAUCAGAUGACAUCAAAAAGCCGUAUGAAAAAUUAGCUUUAAGUGAGAAACAGCGUUAUCAAGAAGAAUUGGCUACAUAUCAAAAAGAAACCGGUGAUGGUGAUAACCUAAAUGAUAUGUCAUCCACAACAUCUGUUUUACCUUUACGUCCAUCUAUGAAGUUAAAGUAUAUUAGUGAUACAAAUGAUCAAUCAAAUUUUCUUGCGGAUUCAUUUCAGUUGUCAUUGUUUGGUUCUUCCAGAAGUGGAAUGACACGGUGUGUGUCGAACGCAAAUAGUCUUAGUUCAUAUGGAGAUAAGAGUAACAGAACUAGAUUUGGUACAUAUUUAAUAAAUGAUCCAAAUACAAAUGGUAACAUAGCUUCAUCAUCGAUGUCUGAUGUAUUUUUAUCGCCGUUGACAAGAUCACAAUUUCCAUCAACAGUAUUUCCUUCUACUACUAGAUUAAAAAAUGUCAGAAUGCCGUUAUCUCAGUCGCAAUCAACUAUCAGUGAUUCUUUUGAACACUUGCCCUCGUUUGAUCGUUAUAGAUCAUAUUAUUCAUCAUUUACGCCUCCGUCAUCUACUGAGGAAACAACAACAAUGUCACGUUCGUCAAGUAGACAAACAUUCACCGUUAUUGACGAUCCAACAACGAAUGCAUCUUCUUUUUCAAGAUCAUCGACUUUAAAUGAUGAAGAACAGUUGAUGCCGGAUGAAAAUACACCAUAUGGUGCCUAG